AUGACCAGUCUGAUCCUCUUCAACCGCCUCAACGGUCUGAAAGCCGGAGAGCUCGGUGCUUUGAACGCAAGCCUUGCCUUCUACGGCAGCCACCUGGAGGACCCGGAGAUUGUGAGCUCCAUGGGCAACCUUGGCCCGUACUUUGACUUCUGUGCAGAAAACCGGCUCAUCGCCCGCGAGCUAGGAGGCAUCCAGAUGUUCAUCCAUAAUAUCCGCAACAACUUCCAUGGCCCCUACAGCGACUGGGCCUACGAGCUCGUGAAGCAAUCCCUCUUUGCCCUGGCGGGAGGUACCUGGAACAAUGGAGACAUCGCUUAUGAUCAAGGCUUCAUCCCUUUGGCCGUGGAUCUCAUAACGGAGCAUGGCAGUCAGGCCAAGAUCGCCGAAGAGAUCCUCCAGGCCCUGAAGGCCAUGAUCUACCCGUCUGACUUCCUGCGCGGGGAGUGGUGUGACCAGGGCCUUUUCGAGGCCCUGGCCCCGGUACUUCGAAGCCGCGCGACGGACCAAGCUGCAGUUAGCCUCGUCUGCGAGGGCACCAUGCAUCUCAUUGGCUCCACUGUCUUGCGGGAUAUGAACUCCACGCCGAGAGCCAUCGCCUUCAAUGCGAGCAUACAGCAGAAAGCCACAGAUGCCAAGAUGCUCGAGGCGCUCUUAGCAACGACGACCUCUGAGGUGGAUCUGCAGGAGUUUGAACACCAAGGAUUUAGCUUGAGCCUUGAUGCCAUCUAUCCGAUGAAAGCGAACUGUUACCAUGCAUUGCGUGUUCUGGGCAAGGAGAACCCGACGAAUCGGAAAGCCAUGAUGCAGGCGGGCCUCAGCGCGGCGAUUCUAAAGGAUUGGGCUGGCUUGGAUGCCCGGGCGCGGGGCGAAGCUUGCCAGCUUCUGGAGGAGCUGCGGGAGUGGACGGCGUUUCGAUCCAGAUGUGUAUGA